AUGCAACGGGAGGAAAGGAUAGAAAUGGAUAAUUUCAAUAUUUCCACUCCGGAUCUCUUAGAUUCAAAAAAGAAGCUUUAUCCCGUGGGUUGUAUGGGAUUUUUAAGAAAAACUUGGGCCAAAUUUACAGAUAUCAAAGAAGUAGACCCCGAUGAAUUGACCAGUUUGGAUCUUUUCUAUCUAAGUGAUUCAGAACUCGAGGAUUUGGAAACACCGCCGCGCUACAGGCCCGACAGUUUAGAGGCCCUUUGUAGGGCCACCCGUUUCAGCGAGGCCGAAAUAAAGAGAAUUUAUCGCGGAUUUAAGGCCGAAUGUCCUACCGGUGUCGUCAAGGAGGACACUUUUAAGAUGAUUUACGCCCAGUUCUUCCCUCAAGGGGCGAAUUGCAGCCAAUACGCCCAUUAUGUAUUCAACACCUUGGAUCAGGACCAUAGCGGACUAAUUAGUUUUGAGGAUUUUGUUCAAAACCUUUCGAUUCUGUCGCGAGGAUCACUAGACGAAAAACUACGAUGGGCCUUCUCGUUGUACGACAUCAACGGAGAUGGGUGCAUAACGCGCGAAGAAAUGACUGACAUCGUUAGCGCCAUCUACGAUCUUAUGGGUAAACUAGCCGAACCUUCCAUCGAAGAAGAUACUAUUAAAGAAAAAGUCGAUAGGAUAUUUCAGAAAAUGGACACCAACAAAGACGGCGUGGUGACCCUGGACGAAUUCCUAGAAUGUUGCCGUAAGGACGAAAGCAUAUCCUCUUCGAUGGCGGUAUUCGAUUCGUCGAUAUGA